UUCUCCUCUUUGUUAUUACUUGCUUUUUAAAUUUCUCAUUAAAAUUGAAACCAAAAAGAUCUAAUCUUUGAAAUACUCUUCAGUUUUCAUUGCCUGAUUUUGCUGUUGAUGGGUUUUUAUUUUCAAGCUUGUUAUUGAUGGGUUAGUGUACUGGUAUAAGAUCCAAUUAAAGGGUUUAAUUGGGGUUUUGUGGUUCGUCUCUGUUUUACUGUAUUAGGGAACUAAAAUAGCUGUUUGGAUUUUAUUUACAAGAAGCCCUAAAUCUGAAAUCUUGAUUUGAUUCAUAAAUGAUGCCUGCUACUUCACUGUUUUUCUUUUUCUUUUUUUUGUAAAGUGAUUAUAGAAAUUUCACCUGUUUUUUGUUAGCUAAAUUUCGCUGGGCAGCUCCUAUAUUAGUUUUUUUAGAAUGUAGCACAUUUUCAAGACGCCAAAGGUGACCGGAAGUGCCCAAACUGUGUAGGGUGCAGUCACCUUGAUUCUUCACUUCAUGCUCACGGUACACAGUCGACCCAUGCCGCCGGAUUAGGCAACAUAAUGGCGAAAAAACUAAUGGUGCAGUGAGGACGAAGAGGAAACGUCCAUGGGAAAUGAUGUUAUGUAUCUAUGGGUUCCCGACUAAUGUUUCUGCACUUCAGUUUGAGUGGGCGUGGCAGCACCCAAUUGAAUCUUUGGCUGUGAGGCAGGCAGCACUAAGUUUCAAGUCAUUAUCUGGAAUUGCCAAUCAUGUAAAACUUGCAUAUACAAUGCUCAACCUUCCACCUUGGCAGAGCUUGAAGCUGACUGUGAACUUUUUCUCAACGGCGCACGCUGCUGGCUGCCCGAGCUUGCCAAAGCAAAUGAAAGUCCAAGUUUGUUCCAUGGAUGAACUUCCUUGCUACACUGAUGACAGCCAAGUAUCAGAUGAAAUUGACUAUGAGGAGGAAUGGGAACAUGAAGAUGCUGGUAAUGGCAUUGGCGAGAUAAGCCAAAGUGAAAGAGCGAAGGAUAUUUCAGUUGAAAAUUCAGUGGUAUAUCAGAAUACUGAUUAUGAAACACUGAUUGAAAAUUCAGUGGCAAAUCCAGAUAUUUAUCAUGAUUGGGAAAGACUGAUUGAAGAUGAUAGCUUACAACAACAAAAGGGCUCAUGCCGUCUAAGAGAAGAAGAAGAAGAUAAUGAAAGGCCAUCUCGUGAUAUUGAUUCCUCUGCAGAAAGAUCAGAGGAUAUUUCAGUUGAAAAUUCAGUGGUAUAUCAGAAGACUGAUUAUGAUUGGGAAACACUGAUUGAAAAUUCAGUGGCAAAUCCAGAUAUUUAUCAUGAUUGGGAAAGACUGAUUGAAGAUGAUAGCUUACAACAGCAAAAGGGCUCAUGCCGUCUAAGAGAAGAAGAAGAUAAUGAAAGGCCAUGUCGUGAUAUUGAUUCCUCUCCAGAAGCACUGUCUACCAGAGUUGCCCGUUUGGUUGACAGGAGACAAUUAGUUGAAGAGAGUUACUCCUAUGGGUUGUUCGCAGAGACGGGUAAUAAACUGGGGCCAACAACCGCGCAAGUACUGACAACUACAGCAGGUGCUAGUGGGAACCAAGCACCUCCCUAUUACAGAUAUCUUUGCCCUCCAGAAGUUUCUUUCGCAGAGACGGGUGAAAAACUGGGGCUAACAACCAAGCAAAUACUGACAGGUAUAGCAGGUGCUAGUGGAAACCAAGCACCUACCUGUUACAGACAUCUUUCCCCUCCAGAAGUUGCUUUCAGACAGCCAAAGGAGUCCCUCACUUCCAUAGAAGGAGCUAACACAGUACAAGCAACUGAGGACAAAGAUUCCUUUGAGUUGAUCGAAGAAACUGGUUCUGAAUUAGGGCGAGCUAGCAGGCAACAAACAACUAUAACUUCUGCCAGAGAAGAUCACUCACCUUCCAAGAAUAGUCCUCAUUGCCCUCCUGAAGUUUGUUUCAGAGAACCUAUGGAUUUAUUCAGUUCGGGGGACAAACAAGGCAUACUCCCAUUGUGUGUUGAUUCGCCUAUGGAAAAACCAUCUUCCAGUAUGAUCGAGUUUCCCUAUGGGUUGGUUCUAAAAGGUUGUGUUAACAAAAUGAAGGAAACAAAUAAGCAGCAAUUGAGAACUCCAGCAGGCUAUAAUUAUAAUCAACCAACGUCAUCAGCCAGCACUUCUUGCUCAUCUCCUGAAGUUCAGGUAAUAAAUCUGUUGACCCCCGAAGGUUAUGUUAACAAAAUGAAGGAAGCAAAUGAGCAGCAAUUGAGAACUCCAGCAGGCUAUAAUUAUAAUCAACCAAGAUCAUCAUCCAGCACUUCUCACUCAUCUCCUGAAGUUGAGGUAAUAAAUCUGUUGACCCCAUCACCAGACUGUAAUACUCAUUCUUUAAAUAGAAAGAAGAGACGCACCCUUGUUCACCGUGAUAUAGUUGACUUGACCAGGUCACCGUUGUUUGUGCAAUUAUAGAGUUGAUUGUAUGUUGCUGCAAAAGUUUCUAGUUCUUGAAGAAGCAUUUGCUACUUUUACUGUACUCUAUAUUCAUAUUUUUUUUAUUUUUGUGUGGUAAUAAAAGUGAAAGUUGCUGGCUUUUGAUCAGA